UGAAGGACUUUGCACUAGUCCGGGUCCUCGCGCUGGGUAUCUCGUCUUGCAACCCCUUCCCCAGCCUCGAAAAAGAUCCUUCGUCUUCCUUUCCCCAGCUCCCUAAACCCUAUCACCAAUACCUGCUGAUCGGCGGGAACCGGAAGUGUGCCGUCCCGGGACGGGUUCCUAGGGAACUCCGCCGGAAGGAGCGUUGCUAGCUAGGGGCUACUUUCGCUCAGCAUGGCGGCGAUUCCCCCUGAUACCUGGCAGCCGCCCAACGUCUACCUGGAGACUAGCAUGGGUAUCAUUGUAUUGGAGCUGUACUGGAAGCAUGCCCCGAAGACCUGCAAGAACUUCGCAGAGCUGGCUCGGCGGGGCUACUACAAUGGCACCAAAUUCCACAGGAUCAUCAAGGACUUCAUGAUCCAAGGCGGUGACCCGACAGGGACAGGUCGAGGUGGCGCGUCUAUCUAUGGCAAACAGUUUGAAGAUGAACUUCACCCAGACCUGAAGUUCACUGGGGCUGGGAUUCUUGCAAUGGCCAAUGCAGGACCAGACACCAAUGGCAGCCAGUUCUUUGUGACCCUCGCUCCCACCCAGUGGCUGGACGGCAAACACACCAUCUUUGGUCGAGUGUGCCAGGGCAUAGGGAUGGUGAAUCGAGUGGGCAUGGUGGAAACAAACUCCCAGGACCGUCCCGUGGAUGACGUGAAGAUCCUUAAGGCAUACCCUUCUGGGUAGAUGGGAUGCUGUCUCGGGCACACCCAGGUCUUCUAAGAUGGUCCUAGAGAACCAUCUUCCGAGAACACAGCAUGCCUUGUAUCAGUGUCAUGCAUACCUACUCUGACACCCUCGGAACAAAAGGAAGCAGAGGGGUCAUCUUCGGGGGCAUUUGUAUUCCGGCCAGCAGUCACAGACUUGAAAAGCAGGCAGUGGUGAUGAGGCGUUAACUGCACAGCCUCUUUCAGCCUCCGACGUGUGCUCUUCCAGGAUUAUACACAGCUCUCUUUUCCCGCAGAGCCUGAGCGUCAACACUGCCGCUUCUGACACUAAACAUCCCACGCAAAGCCACAUUGAAUUUUUGCCAAAUGAAAAAUGCAUCCAACAAUCAAGUUGCUAAGGAGGUGUCAAGUGGGGAAUGCUAAUGUGUAAUGAUUGAGAAAUGGAUCUCAGAAAAGGAAGCAAAAGCGCUGACCGUUAGCCCCCUGGGAAGGCCUGGCAGUCCUGAGCACAAGGCUAGGCCUUCAAGAGCCUCGCUCACACACAGCCACACUUUUCAGGACUUUCGAGAGAGUAGGUAAGAGGUUUUUAUACA